GCCCUGUUUGUCUUCAUGGCACUCUCGUUCUGCCGGGACGAGGUGAGCUGGCUGCUGCGGCCCGCCGAGCACGUCAUCAAGACCAAGGCGCCCGAGGACUUCGCUGACAGCCACAUCGCGGAGCUGCUGUUCCUCAUGGAGCAGCUGCGGAGCCUGGUGAGGCGCCAGGUCGGGGUGCUGCAGCGCUACCACGUCCAGUACCUGGCUCGCUUCGACGCCCUGGUGCUCAGUGAAGUCAUCCAGAACCUCUCUGUGUGUCCCGAGGAGGAGUCCAUCAUCCUCUCGUCCUUCGUCAGCUCCCUCUCUGCUCUCUCCAUCAAGGAAGUCGAUGACAAAGAGCAGUUUGAUUUCACUCCGCUCCGCCUGGACUGGUUCCGGCUGCAGGCCUACACCAGUGUGGCCAAGGCCGCGCUGCCGCUGAGCUCCAACCCCGACGUGGGUCGUGUCAUGAACCUCAUCGUGUUCCACACCAAACUGCUCGACUCCCUGGAGGAGCUACUGGCUGAGGCCUCCGACCUCUCUGACCUGUGUUUCUACCCUCGCCCCGUGGAGAAGAUGUUUGUGGCGACCAUGGAGGAGCCCUCGAUGCUGCGCUACAGCAUCGCCUUCCCUCUGCUCUGCAGCCACUUCUCCCGCUGUGUCCACCCCAUGUGCCCGGAGGAGUAUCCCCAUCUGAAGGCCACUGCGCUGGGGCUGUGCAACAAAUUCCUGGAGGAGAUGGCCCGGCAGGCCAGCGUCUGCAUCAUGGAUGCGUGCGCCGAGCAGCACAACCUCAGCGAGCAGCUGCUGCCCAAGCACUGCGCCUCCACCGUCAGCAAAGCCCGCAACAAGAAAACCAUGAAGCAACCGGCCAAGAAGGGGGAACCCGAGCGGGACAAACCGGGCGCCGAGAGCCAGAGGAGGGACCGGACCCUGACCACCAACAUGGACAAGCUACACCUGACGCUGGCCGAGCUGUCCCUCAGCCUCAACCACGUCCCCAGCUUCACCGUCUUUGAGCACACGGUGACACCGGCCGAGUACCUCAGCAGCCACCUGGAGUCCCGCUUCACCAAAGCCAUCGUGGCCAUGGCGGGGUACAGCCAGGCCACCUCGGAGGUGCUGGUGGGGCUGAGCGCCUACGUGACCUUCAUCCAGUCACUGGGACAACUGGUGGCCUUGGACACGGGGCGCAUCGUCCGCAGCGUCCUCCUGCAGCAGACGCAGCCCCGCGACGCCGCCACCGGGGCCAUCGUCCUGGCCCCUGCCCUGCAGGCUUUCACCACGGUGCCCCGCGAGGGCGAGCCCCCCUUCAGCGCCGCCGAAUUCUCCGAUGUCUCUGAGAUGCGGGCGCUGGCCGAGCUCAUCGGGCCCCCGGUGCCCCUGCAGAAAUUGGUCAACGAGAACAUGGACACGCUGGUCCAGCUGCGCUCCUGCAAGCCCGAGCAGCUGGCGACGCUGCUGCCCCGUCUCACCUCGGCCGAAAACGUCCUGAAGCGCAUGACCAUCAUCGGGGAGAUCCUGAGCUUCCGCGCCAUGGCCCAGCAGGGCCUGCGGGAGGUCUUCUCCCACCACUGCCCCUUCCUGAUGGGCCCCAUCGAGUGUCUGACGGACGUUGUCACCCCCGACACCGACAUCCAGGUCCCCCUGAGCAUCUUCGAGCUGGCAUCGGCCGCAGGGAUCCCCUGCGAGGUGGACCCCGCGCUGGUCAACGUCCUCGCUGGCAGCAAAACGGAUGGCGUGUCCCCAGAGGAGGACUACAAGGUGGCCUGUCUGCUCCUGGUCUUCGUGGCCGUGUCCCUGCCCCUGCUGGCCUCCGACCCCGCAUCCGUCUACAACACCGAGGUGGAUGGCUACACCAACAACAUCCACUGCCUGGCCAAGGCCGUCAUCCAGGUGGCAGCCGCGCUCUUCACCGUCCACAAGAAGAACAUCGAGAGCCACCUCAAGGAGUUCCUGCUGUUGGCCUCUGCCAGCCUCCUGCAGCUGGGCCAGGAGACGGACAGGCUGCGCGCCAGGAACCGCGACUCGGUUUCCCUGCUCAUGCAACUG